AUGGCAUUGAGCAGGGCAGCUGUUCCUUCUCUGCAGAGCUGCCCGAGCCCAUCUGUACGGGUGUUGGAGAGUGCCUGGAGUAUGUUUGUGUUGGCCCCGAACCCUGGAAGGCUGCUCACCCCGAACGCGCUCCCGACAGUUGUCCCCCACCACCCGAACAGGCCCCAUAUCAAGGGUGCUUACGUGCAGUUGAAUGGGGGUGAGUUGGGGUCGAAAGAGAAAGGAGGGGACGGGACUGUGGUGCCCGGGGUGGAGGUCGUCGGAGGGGGGUGGUGGCUGCUGCCGCUGCCGCCGGUGGGUGGUGACGGGGUGGUGUGGUGGCGGCCGCCGCCGCCACUGCCGCUGCCGCUUGGAGGUUUGCCGCAGUUGGCGGGUGGAGUGCCGUGGGAUGGGGUUGGGGUCAGGUGGCCGCCGCCCGAGCCGUGCGGUGGAGGGACAAUCGGGAGAUUCGGAACUGCGAACAAAAUUAAGUAA